UUGAGGUUGUUCUUUAGACAUUUAACAUACUCAACCUGAGGUUCAGUUGGUUGUUUUGCAAAUAUAUAUUCUAACCAAUUACUGAUUGACACGAGUACGGUUGUGAAGGUGAGCACAUAGGAUCAUUAGUCCACCUUACUAUUCCACCAAUUUUUUUAUUAAUCCUGUUUACCUGUCUCUUGCCCUCUGGUUUUGGGCAUGUUCAUACCUAAACUAACGCUAACUCUUCCUAUAAUACUCGCCAGACACCUCUCUUUGUCAGCCCCAACAUUCUUUAAAGCCAACCAAACAUCCACAACAGUCUCCAACCUUAAACCCCACAACUCCAAAAUCUCAAAAUUCAUGAAAAAUGGGCUUAUCCAUGAAGCCCAGAACCUGUUUGGCAAAAUGCCUCACAAAAACGUUGUCACCUGGAAUACAAUGAUUCGUGGGUAUUUUCUGAAUGGGUUUUUAAGUAAAGCCUUGGCCUUAUUCCAUCAAACGCCAGAACGUGACAUUUUUACGUACAACACUGUGAUAUCUGGGCUCAUGCAUGGUGGUGAUGUGGACGGUGCAAGGGGAGUUUUUGAAGGGAUGGCUUGUAGAGAUGUGGUGACGUGGAAUGCAAUGCUUGGAGGGUAUUUUAUGAAUGGAAUGUUGGAGGAAGGGUUGAAGGUGUUUGAGGAGAUGCCAGGGAAAAAUGUUAUAACUUGGAACUUGGUGAUUGAAGGGCUUGUGAAGUGUGAAAAGUUUGAUUUGGCUGAGGAGUAUUUUAAAAGAAUGAGUUAUAGAGAUGUUGCUUCUUGGACUGUUAUGAUUUCAGGGCUUGCAAAAGCGGGAAGGAUGGCCGAAGCUUGUAAAUUGUUUGAAGAGAUGCCAGUAAAGGAUGUUCGUGCAUGGAAUGUGAUGCUAGAUGGUUUUGUAGGCUUUGAGUGUGUUGACAAGGCAGAAAUUUUGUUCCAGGAAAUGCCUGAGAAGGAUUUGGAUUCAUGGAAAUUAUUGCUGAGUGGAUUGGUUACAAGUAGACGGUUAGUAGAUGCUUUGCGUUAUUUCAUGGAAAUGCCUAUGAAAUGUUGUAAAACAUUAAACUCAAUCUUGUUGGGGUUGAUAAGAAAUGGACUUGUUAAGGAAGCUCAUGCAUUUUUGGAGAAACAACCGUAUAAUGAUGUUGUUUCGUGGACAAAUGUAAUUGUUGGAUAUUUUGAAAUAGGUGAGGUUAGGAGUGCGAUUAAAGUUUUCAAAUUGAUGCCAAUUCAAGAUGUAACUGUGUGGAAUGCCAUGAUAUGUGGGUUGGGAGAAACUGAUUAUGGUGAAGAAGGUUUUAAGAUUUUCAUCAGAAUGAAAGAAUCAGGUUUCUCCUCUGAUGAAGCUACAUUUACUAGUAUAUUAACCAUUUCUUCGAAUUUGCCAAGCUUAGACCUUGGGAAGCAGAGUCAUGCACAGGUAGUUAAGUCAGGUUUAAAUAAUUUCACUGCAGUUUCUAAUGCAUUGGUCACUAUGUACGAAAGAUGUGGUGACUUGCACUCUGCUUUGCGGGAGUUCUUUAACAUGCCGAGCCAUGAUGUUAUUUCUUGGAAUUCUAUAAUAUGUGGAUUUGCUCACCAUGGAAAUGCUGAAAAAGCUCUCAAGAUGUUUGAGCUUAUGAGAUUAACUGAUAUUAAGCCUAAUCAAAUAACUUUUAUCGGUGUUUUAUCUGCCUGUAGCCAUGCUGGGCUGGUAGACCAAGGUAAAUACUACUUUGAUUAUAUGAAAAACAAAUGCUCUCUUGAGCCAACAACUGAGCAUUAUACUUGCAUUGUUGAUCUGUUGGGGAGAUUUGGACUCAUAGAUGAGGCAAUGAGUUUUCUUAAUCAAAUGAGAGCAGACGGAAUUGAAGUUCCAGCUAGUGUUUGGGGAGCUUUGCUUGGAGCCUGCAGAAUCCACCAUAACAUCAAGGUGGGUGUGAUAGCUGCUGAAAGAGUUUUAGAAAUAGAACCUCAUAACUCUGGUGUAUACUUAAUUUUAGCAGAAAUGUAUCUUUCCUGUGGACGAGGAGAAGACGCUGAGAGCAUUCGAGCACGCAUGGAGGAGAAGGGAGUUAGGAAGCAACAUGGGUGUAGUUGGGUUGAGGCAAACAACAGUGGCUAACCACAUAUUAGAUAUUUCUUUCUGGAGACAGUCGCAGUUCACACCUUGAGUUCAGCAGAAUCUUGUGUUUUAAGACUUGCUGCACUGUCAGAUAGACCCUGAAGAAUCUUAAGUCGGAUUCUGCUAAUCACGGAUGAAGUUAUAUUGCCACCGUGGAAAGAACUAAAUAUAACACAAGCUGACAAGGCUGUCAACCUGUGGCCGAAAUCGGUUUGCUGGGGAGACUUGGGCUGUGCCCUUCACGUUCCACUACAAGGAAUCAGUUGUAUCAAUGGCACCACAGAUUGACGCACAGAAGAGAUGUGUAGAGAUCUUGGAUCCAAACCGUUGCGACCUUAAUGAAUGUGGAGCUGUGUAAUAAGCGGCACAAUGGACAACAAGGUACAGGUCAAUGCUUUGAGAAUGGAGGCACUCCUCUGAACCCAACUUUCGGGUGUCGCUGUUUUUAUAACUGUGUUGUUUGAUUUUUUUUGUUUCUCGUCUUCAUAUGAUGUACUUCUAAGCAAGGAGGAGACAGUUAAUAAAACGUGAACUGGUUUCAUUCCUC